ACAUACAUACUGAAGUUGGCAACUGAGUUGAGCUGAGGUGAUCCGACCCCCUCAUCAUCACAUUCACUUUAUUUAGGCUUCCUCUUUUUUUUUUUUUUGUAUAAGUCUCAAAGAAACUUAGACCCCUUCGUAUUCUCCGCUCAUACCCCAAAUCCCCAUACCCCUUCUGUUCAACAGCAAAGAUGGCAACUGUGCGGGUUACCUCCUCUAGUAUCGUUCAAGCUUCAAUCCCGAACCGAUUCACAAGUGCCAUUGUCAAGGCCCCGACUUCUCUUGGAUCUUUUAAGAACAUCUCCAAAUCUUUUGGCUUGAAAUGUUCCUCCAAUCACAAAACAUUAAUGGCAGCUUAUAAGAUUAAGCUUGUAGGACCGAAUGGUGAGGUGAGCGAGUUUCAAGCCCCUGACGAUCAAUACAUUUUAGAUGCAGCCGAGGAAGCCGGAGUUGAACUGCCAUACUCUUGCCGAGCUGGAGCUUGCUCCACAUGUGCCGGGAAGAUUGUGUCGGGUUCAGUUGAUCAAUCGGACGGAUCCUUCCUUGAUGAAAAACAAAUUGCCGAUGGUUACGUGCUGACUUGCGUUUCGUACCCGACCUCAGAUUGUGAGAUCCACACUCACAAGGAAGCUGAUCUUUACUAGGUAUUUAAUGGUUUGAAAUCAGUAGAAUCUAUCUAAAAAAACCCAGAAAUUUCAUCUGAAUUGGGUGGAAAAUAAAGGGUAAAUGACUAAAUGUUUAUCUGGGACAAUUUGUUGCUUAAUAUGCUUAGUGUUUGCUCUAAAGUUUGUAGCUGAAAUUAGGGUUUCAAUAAUAUUUGUGGAUUUGCCAUAGAAAAUAUAUACCAAUAUUGUCUUUUAUGAUCUAAA